CAGAGGUGAACCUUAUUAUUUAAUUUCCUUCUGAAAUCACUUGGUGAUGAAAUUAUAAUUUCUGUCCUAGGAAAUAAGUGAGGGAAGCACCAGAAUUAUAUGAAUAUAUUAUAAGGAAUGUAUACAUUUACAGUGUUAUUAGUAUCAGAAUUAUAUGAAUAUAUUGUAGUGAAUGUAUACAUUUGCAGUGUUAUUAGUAUCAGAAUUAUAUGAGUAUAUUAUAGUGAAUGUAUACAUUUACAGUAUUAUUUGUAUCAGAAUCAUAUGAAUAUAUUGUAGUGAAUGCAUACUUUUACAGUGUUAUUAGUAUCAGAAUUAUAUGAGUAUAUUGUAGUGAAUGCAUACAUUUACAGAGUUAUUAGUAUCAUGCUUUCUCUUGUACAUAUGGAUGGGAUAUUUUAGGAUGCAGUGAGCUAUGAUGAUGUACAUGUGAACUUCACUCAGGAAGAAUGGGUUUUGCUGGAUCCUUCACAGAAAAGUCUUUACAAAGAUGUGAUGCUGGAGACCUACAGGAACCUCAGUGCCAUAGGCUACAAUUGGGAAGACCAUAAUACUGGAGAACAUUGUCAAAGUUCUAGAAGACGUGGAAGGUAUGAAAGAAGUCACACCGGAGAAGAACCUUAUGAAUGUACUAAAGGUGGUAAAGCCUUUGCAUAUCACCAUCAUCCUCAAUGGCAUGAAAAAAUUCAUACUGGAGAGAAACCCUAUGACGUUAUUCAAUAUGGUGAAGACUUUACAUAUCAUAGUAGUCUCCAAAUAUAUAAAAGAAUAGAUAUUGGAGAGAAACCUUAUGAAUGUAAUCAGUGUGGUAAAGCAUUUACAUACCAUAGUCAACUUCGAAGACAUAAAAGAACACAUACUGGGGAGAAACCCUACAAAUGUAAUCAGUGUGGUAAAGCCUUUUCACAAAAUGGUCAUCUCAUAAUACAUAAAAGAACACAUACCGGAGAGAAACCUUAUGAAUGCAAUCAAUGUGGUAAAGCAUUUACAGAUCAAAGUCAACUUCGAAUACAUAAAAGAGCACAUACUGGAGAGAAGCCCUACAAAUGUAAUCAAUGUGAUAAAGCUUUUUUACAAAACAUUAAUCUUAGAAUACAUAAACGAGCACAUACUGGAGAGAAACCCUACAAAUGUAACCAAUGUGAUAAAGCCUUUGCACAAAAUGGUCAUCUCAUAAUACAUAAAAGAACACAUACUGGAGAGAAACCCUAUGAAUGCAAUCAGUGUGGUAAAGCGUUUGCAGAUCAAAGUCAACUUCGAAUACAUAGAAGAAUACAUACUGGAGAGAAGCCCUACAAAUGUAAUCAGUGUGAUAAAGCCUUUGCACAACAUAGUAAUCUCCGAAUACAUAAAAGGACACAUACUGGAGAGAAACCCUAUGAAUGUAAUCAAUGUAAUAAAGCCUUUUUACAAAACAUUAAUCUCAAAAUACAUAAAAGAGCACAUACUGGUGAGAAAACUUAUGAAUGUAAUCAGUGUGGUAAAGCCUUUGCACGUUACUAUCAUCUUCAAUGUCAUGAACGAAUUCAUACUGAAGAGAAACCUUACAAAUGUAAUCAAUGUGAUAAAGUCUUUUCACAAUCACAUAGUCUCCAAAUACACAAAAGGACACAUACUGGAGAGAAACCCUAUAUAUGUAAUCAAUGUGGUAAAGCCUUUGCAGAUAAUAGUCACCUUCGAAGACAUAAAAGAACGCAUACCGGAGAGAAACCCUAUGAAUGUAAUCAGUGUGGAUCAGCCUUUUCACAAAACAGCUAUCUCAGAAUACAUAAAAGAACACAUACUGGAGAGAAACAUUUUGAGUAAGCAAACAAUAUAGUCAAGCCUUUGCAUAUAGUAGUAGCAUUAGAAAUCAUGAGAAAAGCCAGCCUACAGAGAAAGCCGACAGGUGGAGUGAGUGUGGUGAAGUUUUGAGCUUCAUUGAAUCUUUAUACAAGAGGAAAAUCUUCAGUGUGCAAUCAAUCUGUUAAAGGUAGUCUUUGAGGUUCUGAAAAAACUCCUACUGAAAGGAGUGUAUGACUAUAAGGGAUUUGGUACAAUCUUUAGCCAACACAUUCAGUUACACAACAUUAUUUAUUCUAGAGAAAAAAACUCACCAUUUUGGUUGCAUUUUUUUUCCCACUUAUUUUUGCAUCUCUACAUCACUGGGAUGAAGCCAACUUAAACAUCAUAUGUGAUACUUUUGGUCUUUUCGAAUUUGCAAGUAUUAUUUUUACAUCUGUGCUCAUGUGGGAAAUUGAUCUAUAAUACUUGUUUUUCAUUGAGCCUUUGUGCGCUUUGGCUAUCAGGGUAACUAUGGCUUCAUAGAAUGAAUUGGGUAGUGCUCCCUUUUUCUAUUUUUUUAGAAUUUUGUAGAGAAUAUUUACCUCCUGCAGGGGCAAAUCUAGAUGCCAAGAUUUCGGUGAAAUUAUUGCUACAUAUGCUGUGUGUACUAAACCGUCAAUUUCAGUGCCAUUUGUUUGUAUUUUCAGCUUUUGUCUUUCAUCAUUGCUAGCAGUUGGUGAAAAUACUUGUUUUCUAAUGUCUCCUGAAUUUGUUCUUUUAUCUACAGAAGCUGUUCUGUCUUUGAUCACAUGCAGGCUAGUGUUGUUUUUAACAAGCGGCAUUAGAUCAUUGCUGUGUGGGUGAGUUUCUUUGAGACUAACAGGAUAUAAUUGAACUGAAUUUGAUUCUGGAGGCCUAUGGUAGGCCCCAGAGGGUGUUUCCGAAGGCAAAGCUUUACUUUGCCUAUCCCUUGUUGAUCUGCAUUCACUCGUCCAGUGCUGACCUUUGCCACACCUCCUGUGUACUCCAGAAGGCUGGUGUCUUUCCUUUUGGAUUAUCUCUGGAAAAACCAUUCUUGGAAUGCCUGGCUUACAAUCCCAUGUCAAAUGUCCAGGCUUACCACGAUGAGAACAUUUGGCAUUUUGAUAAAAUCACUACUUUGAGAAAUUACUUCUAUCAGAGUAGCAUCAUAAAUUUGAGAUCCAGUAUCACCCGUUUUGCUAAGCCAUUCCUCUGUUGGUGCUGAUCUUGCCUGUAAAGGUCUAAUUGACAUUUUGCACUCUGAAUUAGCAUGUUCAAAAGCCAAAAAUUACAGUUAGCAUUUUUCUGACUCCUCAGUCUGAUACUAUUAUAUUUACAGCUGAAGUCAAUUCUUGCAAAACAUCAGAGAUGGCUUCAUUUAGGCCGUGUAAUUUUAGUAAAUGACUCAGACCUCUUUCCUGAACCUUGAACCUCAGUGGUUCAUUUAAAGCUGUGAAAUAAUAUAGCACCAUGAUGUGAUUAUGAAAUUCAAGCUGGCUGUGUAACUCAGCCUUGUGACCUUCACCUCACAAGUGAUCUUAGGAAAUAGCAAUCCCCCAGCCUGAGUGCAUUGUGCUAUGUUCCUAGCUUCCUCUUUAAAAAAAUUUUUAAAACAGAUUUUAUUUAUUAUAUGUAAGUACAUUGUAGCUGUCUUCAGACACACCAGAUGGUUGUGAGCCACCAUGUGG